AAUGUACAUACAACAUCCCAUCUUAACCCCUCCAAUUCCAUCAAACAUCUCUAUCUGUCAUUAGGGUUUAUCAUCACAGGUGGGUUUCUCAGUUGCCAACAAUGGCGAAACCAGGUCGAGCCCGUGCGGCUUCACCAUCAGGCUCAUCUUCUCGUUCGCGGUCUCGUUCUUACUCUCCUUCAGAUUCUCGCUCUUCCAGCUCGCUUUCGCGUUCUCCGUCGCGAUCUAGAUCCCGUUCGAGGUCAAUUUCGUCAUCUUCAUCUGUUUCUCGUAGUGCCAGUUCUCGUAGCCCUAGUCCUCGCGCUCCUCCUCAGCGACGAAGCCCUGCUGGAGUAGCUAAGCGAGGACGCUCACCACCACCACCACCUGAGUCUAAGAAAGCUUCUCCACCUCCAAGGAAAGUAUCUCCUAUACCUGAGUCGCGUGUGAUUCAUGUGGAUCAGCUCAGCAGGAACGUCAAUGAAAACCAUUUGAAAGAAAUAUUUGGUAAUUUUGGUGAAAUUCUGCACGUGCAGUUGGCCAUUGAUCAUGUUGUUAAUCUUCCAAAAGGUUUUGCUUAUGUUGAGUUCAAGACUAGAAUUGAUGCUGAGAAAGCCCAACUACACAUGGAUGGUGCACAGAUUGAUGGGAAAGUAGUUCAUGCCAGGUUCACCCUGCCAGAGCGGAAGAAGGCUGCCUCACCUCCAAGGGCUGUUGCAACUUCCUCUAGAAGAGAUGCUCCAAGAACUGAUAAUGCCCCUGUUGAUGUGGAGAAGGAUGGACCAAAACGGCAACAAGAGUUAUCUCCUCGUCGGAAACCUGCCUCUCCACCUCGGAGGUCUCCUAUGGGACGAAGAGGAUCUCCUAGACGUGAUCCAGAUUCUCCUGCUCGUCGACGUGCUGACUCUCCUAUUCGCCGUCGAGCAAAUUCUCCUUUUAGGCGUGGCAGUCCACCUCCCCCAAGGAGGAGGCCCACAUCUCCCAUUAGGCGCCGUUCACCAUCUCCUCCACCAAGACGUCAUAGGUCACCUCCUAGCAGGGGCUCUCCCAGAAGAAUUCGUGGCAGUCCUGUUCGAAGACGUUCUCCCCUUCCGCCAAGGCGACGUUCUCCACGACGUGCUAGAAGUCCACCCAGAAGAUCUCCGAUUGGUCGUCGGUCUAGCCGUUCACCUAUUAGGAGGCCUAUCCGUUCACGAUCAAGAUCCUUCUCUCCUAGGCGGGGAAAAGGUCCAGCCGCAAGACGUGGCAGGUCAUCAUCUUACUCUUCUUCUCCCAGUCCUCGCAAGGGAGGACCGCGUAAGAUUUCAAGGAGUCGCAGUCCUAGAAGGAGGCCUUUAAGAGGGAGGAGCCCCAGCAACAGUGACAGCAGCAGUUCGCCCCGUAAGCCCUAGGUUGUUGCUCGUGCAAGGAAGCCCUAUAUAUCUUACGACAUGGGCGCUAAUGGGAUCUCCUCUUAAUGGAUGAGCUUUGUAAUCUUAAUUCUGCUGGAGAAAGAAGUCCAUUAGGACACACCCUUCAUCUCACUUGAUUACUUCCUUUGAACGUAUGAAUGCGAGUUAUUUUAAUGGUUGUAUACUAUUGUCCAAAUUCACAUUA